UGCUGCUCUGACAAAAGAACUCAAUGCUUGUAGGGAACAACUUCUAGAAAAGGAAGAAGAAAUUUCUGAACUGAAAGCUGAAAGAAACAACACAAGACUGUUACUAGAGCACUUGGAAUGCCUGGUGUCACGACAUGAAAGGUCGCUAAGAAUGACGGUGGUAAAACGGCAAGCCCAGUCCCCCUCGGGAGUGUCCAGUGAAGUCGAGGUUCUCAAGGCACUGAAAUCUUUGUUUGAGCACCACAAGGCCUUGGAUGAAAAGGUAAGGGAGCGACUGAGGGUUUCUUUAGAAAGAGUCUCUGCACUGGAAGAAGAACUAGCUGCUGCUAAUCAGGAGAUUGUUGCCUUGCGUGAACAAAAUGUUCAUAUACAAAGAAAAAUGGCAUCAAGUGAGGGGUCCACAGAAUCAGAACACCUUGAAGGGAUGGAACCUGGUCAGAAAGUCCAUGAAAAGCGUUUGUCCAACGGUUCUAUAGACUCAACUGAUGAAACUAGCCAAAUAGUCGAACUACAAGAAUUGCUUGAAAAGCAAAACUAUGAAAUGGCUCAAAUGAAGGAACGUUUAGCAGCACUCUCUUCCCGAGUGGGAGAGGUGGAACAGGAAGCAGAGACAGCAAGAAAGGAUCUCAUUAAAACAGAAGAAAUGAACACUAAAUAUCAAAGGGACAUUAGGGAGGCCAUGGCACAGAAGGAAGAUAUGGAAGAAAGAAUCACAACCCUUGAGAAACGUUACCUCAGUGCUCAGAGAGAAUCUACCUCCAUACAUGACAUGAAUGAUAAAUUAGAAAAUGAGUUAGCAAAUAAAGAGGCCAUCCUACGGCAGAUGGAAGAGAAGAACAGGCAGUUACAAGAGCGUCUUGAGCUGGCUGAGCAAAAGUUGCAGCAGACUAUGAGGAAAGCUGAGACCUUACCUGAAGUAGAGGCUGAACUGGCUCAGAGAAUUGCAGCUCUGACAAAGGCUGAAGAGAGACAUGGAAACAUUGAAGAACGCAUGAGACAUCUAGAAGGUCAACUUGAAGAGAAAAAUCAAGAACUUCAAAGAGCUAGGCAAAGAGAGAAAAUGAAUGAGGAGCACAACAAAAGAUUAUCUGAUACGGUGGACAGACUUCUGACUGAAUCUAAUGAACGCUUACAACUACAUUUAAAGGAAAGAAUGGCUGCCCUAGAGGAGAAGAAUGUUUUAAUUCAAGAAUCAGAAACUUUCAGAAAGAAUCUGGAAGAAUCUUUACAUGACAAGGAAAGAUUAGCAGAAGAAAUUGAAAAGCUGAGAUCUGAACUUGACCAAUUGAAAAUGAGAACUGGCUCUUUAAUUGAACCCACAAUGUCAAGAACUCAUCUAGACACCUCAGCUGAGUUGCGGUAUUCUGUUGGAUCCCUAGUGGACAGCCAGACUGAUUACAGAACAACUAAAGUAAUAAGAAGACCCAGGAGAGGACGCAUGGGUGUACGACGAGAUGAGCCAAAGGUGAAAUCUCUUGGGGAUCAUGAGUGGAAUAGAACUCAGCAAAUUGGAGUGCUGAGCAGCCACCCUUUUGAAAGUGACACUGAAAUGUCUGAUAUUGAUGAUGAUGACCGAGAAACUAUUUUUAGCUCAAUGGAUCUUCUCUCGCCAAGUGGUCAUUCUGAUGCCCAGACUCUAGCCAUGAUGCUUCAAGAACAGUUGGAUGCCAUCAACAAAGAAAUCAGGCUAAUUCAGGAAGAAAAAGAAUCUACAGAGUUACGUGCUGAAGAAAUUGAGAAUAGGGUGGCUAGUGUGAGCCUGGAAGGCCUGAAUUUAGCAAGGGUCCACCCAGGUACCUCUAUCACUGCCUCGGUUACAGCUUCUUCGCUGGCCAGUUCAUCUCCCCCCAGUGGACACUCAACGCCAAAGCUCACCCCACGAAGCCCUGCCAGGGAAAUGGAUCGGAUGGGAGUCAUGACACUGCCAAGUGAUCUAAGGAAACAUCGGAGAAAGAUUGCAGUGGUGGAAGAAGAUGGUCGGGAGGAUAAAGCAACUAUAAAAUGUGAAACUUCUCCUCCCCCCACCCCUAGAGCCAUCAGGAUGACUCACACCCUUCCCUCCUCCUACCACAAUGAUGCCCGAAGUAGUUUAUCUGCCUCCCUUGAGCCAGAAAGCCUUGGGCUUGGCAGUUCCAAUAGCAGCCAAGACUCUCUUCACAAAGCCCCCAAGAAGAAAGGAAUCAAGUCUUCAAUAGGACGUCUGUUUGGUAAAAAGGAAAAAGCCCGACUCGGGCAGCUCCGAGGCUUUAUGGAGACUGAAGCUGCUGCUCAGGAGUCCCUGGGGUUAGGCAAACUUGGAACUCAAGCUGAGAAGGAUAGAAGACUGAAGAAAAAGCAUGAACUUCUAGAAGAAGCUCGGAGGAAGGGAUUACCUUUUGCUCAGUGGGAUGGGCCCACUGUCGUUGCAUGGCUGGAGCUCUGGUUGGGAAUGCCUGCUUGGUAUGUAGCAGCCUGCCGAGCCAACGUGAAAAGUGGUGCCAUCAUGUCUGCUUUAUCAGACACUGAGAUCCAGAGAGAAAUUGGAAUCAGCAAUCCCCUGCAUCGCUUAAAGCUGCGAUUAGCAAUCCAGGAGAUGGUUUCCCUAACGAGUCCUUCAGCUCCUCCGACAUCCCGAACUCCUUCAGGCAACGUUUGGGUGACCCAUGAAGAAAUGGAAAAUCUUGCCGCUCCAGCGAAAACGAAAGAAUCUGAGGAAGGAAGCUGGGCCCAGUGUCCGGUUUUUCUACAGACUCUGGCAUAUGGAGAUAUGAACCACGAGUGGAUUGGAAACGAAUGGCUUCCCAGCCUGGGGUUACCUCAAUACAGAAGUUAUUUUAUGGAAUGCUUGGUAGAUGCAAGAAUGUUAGAUCACCUAACAAAAAAAGAUCUCCGUGUGCAUUUAAAAAUGGUGGAUAGUUUCCAUCGAACAAGUUUACAAUAUGGAAUUAUGUGUUUAAAGAGGUUAAAUUAUGACAGAAAAGAACUAGAAAGAAGACGAGAAGCAAGCCAACAUGAAAUAAAGGAUGUGUUGGUGUGGAGCAACGAUCGAGUGAUUCGCUGGAUACAAGCAAUUGGACUUCGAGAAUAUGCAAAUAAUAUUCUUGAGAGUGGUGUGCACGGCUCACUGAUAGCCUUGGAUGAGAACUUUGACUACAGCAGCCUAGCUUUGUUACUACAGAUUCCAACACAGAACACCCAGGCAAGGCAGAUUCUUGAAAGGGAAUACAAUAACCUCCUGGCUCUGGGAACUGAACGGCGGCUGGAUGAAAGUGAUGAUAAGAAUUUCAGGCGUGGGUCAACAUGGAGAAGACAGUUUCCUCCCCGUGAAGUACACGGAAUCAGCAUGAUGCCUGGGUCCUCAGAAACGUUACCAGCUGGAUUUAGGUUAACCACAACAUCUGGGCAGUCGAGGAAAAUGACAACGGAUGUUGCCUCAUCAAGACUGCAGAGGUUAGACAACUCCACUGUUCGCACAUACUCAUGUUGACAAGCCACUCAAAGGAGGCAGCACUGACUUGCUAUGUCGUCUUUUCAGCCUACUCUACCUAAAGUGCACUACCAUCUAUGAAGACAAACAGUAAAAACCUUUGUGAAGACUGAAUUCUAAGGAAACAACCACCAGUGGUUUAUUAUGCUGAAAAUGUGAUUUUGGGGGACUCAGAUAUUAAGUUUGAUUAGUUUACUACAAUUGUAAGAAAAUGCUUAAGUCAUUUGAAUAAUAAGCAUCAUCCAAGUCAUAAAUUCUGUACAACAGAUGCUUUUAUGAAAUGGAGCCACUCGUUUUUUCAUGUUUUAUUGUAAAAUACUAGGCAUUUAUGUAUUACUGUGUAUGUAUUUCUUUUUAAAUGUGUAAGUCUUAUGUAAAUGGAUAUAAAUAUGAUUUUUAAAAAAAUAAAAUAUAUGGUUCAUGGAGUCUCGAGUGCAAACAUUUGACAAUUCCAAGUACCGUUUGUAUUUUACCAUUCCACCAUUUUUACAGUUUCUGAAUUGUAACAGUCAAAUUGAUAUGUUUCUCCUUCAAGUCUGUCAAUACUUAAAGCUGAAAACCUGCCUCUGAUCAUGUAAAAAGGAAUGAUUUAACCUGGAACUGGAGCCAAAAAUAGUCCUUUAAAGGCAAUCAGGGAUGUCCUAUAUCUUUAGAAAUAGCACUGUGAUGGCUCGAUCUCCUUUUCAACACAAAACAAAGCUAAACUGUUUACAAGAGUCAAGAGCAAAUAUUUAAAAAAAUAAUUUAUAAGGAAUAAACAGCAUCUUCUCUUGUUAUCUGUGGACCAAGAAAAAAGAGAAAAAAACAAAAAAAAAACUUCUUUACUAAGAACCACAUGUUCAUCAGAUAUCUCGAACCGCCAGCCGGCACUGUUCAGUGAAUGUCAACCACUGCAGAGUCUGAGGCUCAUUUCCAUUGAAAAAAAACAAAAAACCCAGAAACCUUUCCCUUUUGUCAAUGUAACAGGGCAUUAGCCAGACUCAUGUCUAAUGUUAUAAGCUUCUAGCCAAGAUGGCCUUGUUGCGACUUCCCUGAAGUCAGUCUUAUCAGAGGAAAUAAAUGAAAGACAGAAUGAUUAACAUAUAUAGUGUAUAAAAGUAUAGAAGAGUAAUCUCUUCCCUGUGGCUUUAUUUGGUGGUGUUACUGUUGUUUAUUCUUUGUUUAUACGGGAGAUUUCAAAGUAAAACCUAUUUAAUAAUACCAUUUAUCUAACUGCUGAUUUUCUGCUGCUUGAUCUUAUGAAGCGCAAGACCUGUCAUUAGUAAUUUCCUUUUUGUAUUUAAUUUGCUGUUUGCACGUACAUUACAUUUGUUUUGAUGUCUAUUUUUGUUUAACAGAUUCAGUCAAAAGGUAAUGGUAACAG